AACGGGCGAGGUUUUUUGAAAGGCUUCUUCGAGUCGUUAGAGAGAGAGAGAAAGAGAGGAGAGAGAGAGAGAGAGAGAGAGAAGGGGCGGGGCGAGGUUUCGUGGAUUCGAGGGUUUCGAACCUCUUUAGCUUCGCCCUCGCGCCACCUCCCCGCGCGUGGAGCUCCUCGAUUCCUCUGAGGGGGGUUUCCCUCUCGGGCGAUCGAUACUAAGCUUUCGAAUCCCCACCGACCUCCGCGGAUCGCGCCGCCGCCGCGGUUUCGAUCCCCUGCCGCUUCGAUUCCUCCGGUUUUAUCGAUCCGAAACCCUAGGAAUCGUGGGCUCCCUUUCGGUUUUGUUUCUAGAUGGUUUGGUUUGGAUUGGGGAGCUUUUUUGGCCUUUGAAUUGGGAUUCGGACGUUGGGAUCUCGGUUUUGGCGUAAAGGUAGGGUUUUGGGGGGUUAUCUCUUGACUUUUGAUGCUAUGGAGUUGGGGAGAUGAUAGAUGGAGGCGAUGGCGGCUGUGAAGAUCGAGCAGGGCUGCGUGGAGAACAAGCAAUUGACGGCCGCGUCGAGCCCCUCGCUAUCCGAUGGGAGCUGUGGGCUUUCAAGCAUGUCCCCUGCUGUUUCGAGCCCGCCUACGGCUUCACCAUCCCAUAAGAGGACUACUGGCCCCAUAAGGCGAGCUAAGGGUGGCUGGACCCCCCAAGAGGAUGAGACGCUGAGGAAAGCAGUUGAAGCUUACAAAGGAAGAUGUUGGAAGAAAAUAGCUGAAUUUUUCCCGGAUAGGACAGAAGUGCAAUGUCUUCAUAGAUGGCAAAAGGUUCUCAAUCCUGAACUUAUUAAAGGUCCUUGGACUCCAGAGGAAGAUGAGAUAAUCAUCGAACUUGUAAAGAAAUAUGGACCAGCAAAAUGGUCUGUCAUUGCAAGGUCAUUACCUGGUCGCAUUGGCAAACAAUGCCGAGAGAGGUGGCAUAAUCAUUUGAACCCUAAAAUAAAGAAAGAUGCUUGGACUGCAGACGAAGAGAUCUCACUCAUCAAUGCUCAUCGUGUGCAUGGAAACAAAUGGGCAGAAAUCGCAAAGGUCCUACCUGGAAGGACUGAUAAUUCCAUUAAGAACCAUUGGAAUAGUUCGUUAAAGAAAAAGUUAGAAUUUUACUCGCAAACUGGUAAGCUCCCACCAGUUCCGAAGCCUGCUUUGAAUAAUGGUACCAAGGAUGUACCAAAACUAGUUAAUGAGCAAGUUUAUCCCAAAAAUACCAAAUCUUUACUAGGAACUACUGGUUCUGGUUCUGCACAUUUUAGUCCACCUACAGAAUUGGCUACUAUGGAAAAUUGCAAGGAAGAGUUACAACUUUUUUCUCCAAGUAAUUCAACAGGUGAAUCGGCGAGAGGACUUGACGAUUCUUCUAUUAAUUGCAGAAUUCUGCCUCAUGAAACUGAUCAUACAUCUAGUAAGGGUGAUUCAGUAGAUGAUUCAGCAGAAAUUAGCAACACGGCUGAAACCGAUCAAGCCAGCAAAAGAACUAGAGGGAUGUUAUUUAGUGAAGACUCUCCAUUUGGCUCUCUUUACUAUGAGCCGCCUCAAUUAGAAGAUUUUGGUUCUCUCUUUAAAGCAUACAGUCCUAUACUGCAUGCCUACAGCUCGGACGUGGUUCGAUCGCCCGCUGGUUAUCUCACCCCUCCAUGCGGGUUCAAAAAGGGUUCGGUUCAGCUGAGUGCUGAAUCCAUACUGAAGAGCGCAGCUAUGAGCUAUCCUAAUACUCCAUCUAUAAUACGGAGGAGGAAAAGGGAAACACAGACGCCUCUUCCUCUUGAUAGCAAUACACAAACAAAUGAGUGGAAGGAUCAAGAUAGUGCUUGUUCUCCAAUAGGACGGGAAAGUGGAAGUAACCAGGAGGUGUUCAAAGAAUCGACAAGUCAUUCUAGUGAGGGAAAGAGCAUUAAUAUUACCCCUCCGUAUAGGUUGAGAUCGAAAAGAACUUCGAUGAUCAAAUCUGUGGAAAAGCAACUGGAUUUUAAUUUGAAGGAUGAUUUUGAUGGUAGUGCCAAAUUCCAGAGCUUGGCUUCCCAAAACAGUUCUGCAAUUAAUACUAUUUCUAGCACCGAUUUUUCAAGCAUGCAAGGGAUGGCAUUGAAUGAGCAUCCAGUUGGAUUGGAAGAUUUGGCGAAGGACUUUGCGCUUACAACUAAUUUGGGAGUGGCCUAAUGCACAAACUAAAGGAUUUGGAACCCCAGAUCGCAAUCAAGUGUCGAAGACAUGAGAUGGCCUUUUCCCUCAGCAACACUGAGCCCCGAAUUAGCAGAAUUCUAGCAAACCAGAUUGACUAUUGCGAUAUAGAACACGGUUUUCGCAUUAAAAAUGCAGUCGGAAACUAUAGUAUCUUCCAUUUGUUGAAUUUUAUCGAUCAAAAUCUCUUAGGUGGUAGUGCCAAUUCUCAAUAAAGAAUGUCAACUCUGUCAAAAUUGUGACCUUUGUACAUAAAGCCUUCUGAGAACAGUGUUUAGAAACUUCAUAGGUGGGUGAAUAAGAGCUUUAGAAGUUCAUCUGGUCUCAGAGUUGCCCUUUUUUUGGGUUUAAAAAUGUAUGGCUUGAUCUUGAAAUUUCUGCUAUUUAUAAUUUGGUCUAUAAAUUUUUCACUUAAACAAA